GCCUGUGACAGAAUUAGUUGGAAAAAAGUUGUAGAAACCAAUGCAAAGUGCUUAUUCACAUAGUUUCAUUCAAUUGUUACAUUUUUCAAAACCCCCCUUUUUCAUUAGUUUCUUGUUUAUCAUAGAUUUCAUUUUUCUUCACUAACAAUGGGCAAUGCUUCAUCUUUGCUGACUCAAUAUGACAUUGAAGAAGUUCAAGAACACUGCAAUCACACAUUUUCACAGCAGGAGAUUCUAUCUUUGUACCAGAGGUUUUGUCAACUGGAUAGAAAUGGCUGUGGAUUUGUCUCUGGAGAAGAGUUUCUUUCAGUGCCUGAAUUUGCUGUCACUCCUCUCUCUCAGAGGCUAUUACGGAUGAUAGACGGGUUAAAUUUCAAAGAAUUUGUGGCAUUCCUAUCAGCCUUCAGUGCUCAUGCCAGCUUGCAACAAAAGGUUGAAUUUAUAUUUAGAGUUUAUGAUUCUGACGGGAAUGGAAAGGUGUCAUUCAAUGAUAUGCUGGAGGUCUUGCAAGAUUUGACUGGACCAUUUAUAUCUGAGGUUCAAAGAGAGCAAGUUUUGACGCGUGUUCUUGAGGAAGCUGGAUACAGCAAGGAUUCUUCACUAGUCCAAUCUGAUUUCCUGAAGAUUCUUGGCAGUUCUGAUCUGAAGAUGGAAGUUGAAAUUCCAGUAGAUUGACAAAAUGGCUUUGCUUUAGUUGAAAUUAUCAUAUAAUUUGCACCAGCAAGAGUUAAACAAAAGCUCCUUUUGAAUUACUAAAUUUAAUACAUGUUAUGAUGAGUAUAUGUUAUAUUGAACAUAUGUAAAACUCAGGUUAUUAUUCACAUCAUAAUGGUUGAAUUGAUCAUAUCAUGUUGCAA